GCGAGUGACUCCUCCCCCGGUCAAAACCCCCCGGAUUCGAGGGUCGCACACCAUGCCACUUCAUCCUCCCACCAUAUUCGGAUAUCCUCCAUGUCCAUCAAUCGCCUCAGUGGCUGUAGACAUCUCAAUGCAAUGCAACUCGGGGAGGUCGUGCGUCUGGGUUGUACUUCAUGGGCCAAUAGCGUGUUCUCGAGCUUUGGCCCUCGACCCUUGUGAGCCAGAUUGGUGACAACCAUGGUACGCUGGUGGGCAACGGGCCGCCUUAGUCCCUGGGUAGCCCCAGGUAGGUUCCUAGGACCGUUCAAUAUUUAAGGAUUUUAAGUAAACCAAGCG